GCAAGCAGAGCUGUUCUGUGCGUUCUCAAAGGAUCGGAACUUUUGUACGAGUUGAACAACUCUGCCCACAACUGUAAAUAUUCACGGAAAUGGAGCAGCCAGCCAGUACAAGGCAGCACACCAGCCGGGAACCUCCAUAUUUCUGCUGCAGUCUAUCUUUGCGGGGCUUCAUUCUACAAACUAGAAAAAAUAUGCACUACUAUGAAUCUGCAGCUUUUUAAGUAUGACACCUUUCGGCGCCAUUCCCGAUUGUACAUUGAGCCAGCUAUAGUGUACAAGUGGAUGCAUUGGCAGAAUGAGACGCUACAUCGCCUGAGCGAAAGGGACAGGGUCAUUGUUGGAGGUGAUAUGAGGGCUGACUCACCAGGUACACAGUUAUAAAUAAGAAGGGUGCAUGGAUGUUCGGGUACUUUCCUGGAUAAUGAAGCUGAAUAUACAUAGACUGGUAGCAUCUAAUUUAACUGAAAUCAAUGAGCAUGUUGUAAUAAUGCUUUGUGUGAUACUAGUUUUAAAGGCCACUCUGUAAAGUUUGGAAGCUAUACCGUGAUGGACCUUCAAACCAAUACCGUUGUGGACAUACAACUGGUUCAGAGUAACGAAGUGGGAGGACGCUACCAUAUGGAAAAAGAAGGAUUACAGAGGAGCCUUGCCCUGUUGGAAGCUCGUGGUGUUACUCUUGAGUGUAUUGUAACUGACCGCCACCCACAAAUACAAAAAUUCCUCCGAGAACGUAACAUCAAACAGUUCUAUGAUGUGUGGCGCAUCGAAAAAGGGAUUACGAGGCAACUUGAAAACAUUUGCAAGUUGAAAGACUGUGAAAAAUUACGGGAAUGGCUGGGAAGCAUUAAAAACCACAUUUACUGGACUGCAGCAUCUUCAAUCACUGGACCAGAAAGAGUGGCUAAAUGGAGCUCGAUUCUGAACCAUGUCAGGGACAUACACACACAUGAGGAUCCAAACUUUCCUGCUUGUCUACAUCCUCAAAAGAGAAGCAGAGACGGAAACAAGUGGCUUGUUGUGCCGGGACUCAGGCAUUCUACAAGCUGGAGAAAAGUCAUGACAAACAAGCGGAUUUUGAAGGACGUCACCAAACUGAGUCCGCAUCACCAGACUUCACCUUUUGAUUCGUUUCAUAGCGUCAUUCUACGCUUUGCCCCAAAAAAUGUGGUGUUCCCAUUCCUUGGAAUGUUGUGCAGAUUAUACCUGGCUGCAUUGCAUUAUAAUGAAAAUGUUGGCCGUGCACAAGCAACAACAUCAACAGGACGUCCACUAUUCAAAGUGAACUUUCCAAAGGGCAGGAAAGGACAAUGCACGGUCAAACAAGUGAAGACUAGACCGCUAACAUUCAAGUACUUGGAUGACCUGCAGGACCUAAUAUUUGAGCAUGUUUUUGUGGACCCUGCUCCAUACAUGGAUGAGGUACUGAAGAUACCCAUACCACCAGACCUGUGUGCGGAGUAUGAGCGGCCAGACAAGGAGGAGGUCAUCAUGGUGUCCAGAUUGAAUCAAUAGCUGGUCUGAAACAAACAUAUCUGAAAACUCACGGCGAAUCCUCAUCGCCACACAGGCUGGAAUCACGACACAUACUCGACGGCCAAGUAAACCCCAGCACCAGCUCACAAAGGAGCGAUACGCCAGAAACCUGUAACGACUUAAACACAGGCACAUGGUCAAUGGACACGAGCAUUUAUUUUUCAUCAGUGUCUUUGUUUUGCAUACAAGCACAGUCUGUGAUUCAUCUUGUACUUUCUUAUACUGUAUUUCUAUAGACUGUUAAAUAUUCAGUUGUUCACAAGCGCUGUCCAAGACUCCAGAAGUUCUUUCUUUCUUUUGUAUACAAAAUGUCAAAUAUUCACUAGUUUGUUUACAGUUUAUUUAUUGUUUUUGCAGUAUCUUCAAUGUUUAUUUGAUUACAAGCACAAAGUAAGAUUCCUCCACGUAUUUUUUAUACAAAUUGUGAAAAUAAUCACUUGUAUUUGCAGAGUAUAUUGUUAUGACAUUAAUAAAUAUUAAGUUUGUUCUGCCA